AUGACAUUCAAGGCAAUCGUCCAAUGGGUAUUUGGGUAUGCAUUUACAGCCGAUGAGACAUUCAACGUCGCACUAUUACCUGUGAUCGCACUCAUGGCACUUUUUAUUUGCUUGCUGGCUGCCACCGAAUACAUGACAAGAAAGAGGCCCAGAGGCACCCUUCCCGCAACAUACGGAAAGUUGGACCGAGUUUUAGAGCUUGUUGAUGAAUGGGAUCAUAAAAGGUUGUUUUGGGGCGACAAAGGAGAAUUGGGCGAUGGAACAAGACUUGCUGGUACGGCUGGACGACGACUGGCAGAUUUGAAGCCGGGAGCAGUCUAUGGCUGCCUUGAUACCCACAAAGCUAUCACUCCGCCAGAGACCCCGCUAGGCUAA